AUGCACGAGGCGCUGCUCGACGUGAACAACGGCCUGGUGAGUAGCUUCCACGCGCUGGAUCUGGAGGUGACAGAUGUGCGCACGCUGUUCCUGCUGCUCGACCGUGACCGGAGGGGCUUCAUCAACGUGGAGGAAUUCUUGCUCGGUUGCUUCCGGCUGAAGGGCGAGGCCAAGACCCUUGACGUCAUGAAGCUGCAGUACCAGUGCGAAUGGAUAAUGCAUAACAUGGCGAGUAUGAUGAACAUGUUGAACCGUCUGGACGCCCUGGGGAAGACGGAGUCCUCGCUGCAUCUUGGAACAGAAGAUGCUGAUCCCGCGCUCACCUCCCCCGUGGCCAAUUUGGUCGUGUGA